AUGGUUAUGGUGCAGUUACGCAAUUCUACGCGGUUUGAUAUUCUCUUUCCUCUAAUUCAUAUCAAGAAGAUGUGGGCAGCUUCAUGUCUAGCGUCUUGCUGUGCGGCUUGCGCGUGCGACGCAUGCCGCACGGUAGUGUCAGGGAUCAGCCGACAGUCGGCUAGGAUUGCGUAUUGCGGUCUUUUCUCACUUUCGCUGAUAGUCUCCUGGAUACUUCGAGAGGUUGCCGCACCCCUGAUGGAGAAGAUUCCGUGGAUCAAUCAUUUUCACAAAACACCAGAUAGAGAGUGGUUUGAAACAGAUGCUGUGCUACGUGUUAGCUUGGGAAACUUCCUAUUUUUCACGAUCUUGGCUAUUUUUAUGAUUGGUGUGAAGAACCAAAAGGAUCCUCGGGAUAAUAUGCACCAUGGAGGGUGGAUGAUGAAAGUUAUUUGUUGGUGCAUUUUGGUAAUACUAAUGUUCUUUAUUCCGAAUGAGAUCAUCAGCUUCUAUGAGGCAUCAUCAAAGUUUGGUUCAGGACUUUUCCUUCUUGUUCAGGUGGUGCUUUUGCUGGAUUUUGUUCAUGGGUGGAAUGACAAAUGGGUUGGAUAUGAUGAGCAGUUUUGGUACAUGGCAUUGCUUGUUGUUUCACUUGUAUGCUAUGUGGCAACCUUUUCAUUUUCGGGACUUCUCUUCUAUCUGUUUGUACCAUCUGGACAGGAUUGUGGACUUAAUACAUUCUUCAUUGUGAUGACAUUGAUAACUGUGGUUUUGUUUGCUAUAGUCACACUGCACCCAUCAGUUGGUGGAAGCAUUUUACCAGCUUCGGUUAUAUCUUUGUAUUGCAUGUACCUUUGCUAUAGUGGGCUCGCCAGUGAACCUAGGGAUUACGAAUGCAAUGGUCUUCACAAGCAUUCGAAAGCAGUUUCCUCGGGCACUCUUACAGUUGGGCUCCUUACAACCGUGCUUUCUGUUGUUUACUCUGCUGUUCGUGCUGGAUCUUCUACAACUCUGCUUUCCCCUCCAAGUUCACCCCGAGCAGGAGCUGGGAGGCCUUUGUUACCACUGGACAAGGCAGCGGCCGAGCAGGAGCACAAUGAGAAAGAAAAGUCAAAACCAGUUACAUAUUCAUAUUCCUUCUUCCACUUGAUCUUCUCCUUAGCUAGUAUGUAUUCCGCAAUGCUCCUUACAGGUUGGUCAACUUCAGUUGGGGAGAGCGGGAAGUUAGUGGAUGUUGGGUGGCCAUCUGUUUGGGUUCGAAUAGUAACCGGGUGGGCAACUGCUGCUUUGUUUCUCUGGUCCCUGGUCGCAUCAAUUAUCUUCCCCGACAGGGAGUUCUAA